AUGGCAACGGGGGUCAUGAGCUUCUUGUGGUCACUUGUAGCCGUCCUGGUGGUCGCCGUGGUGAGCGCCGGCGACGAGGCCGCACUACUUGCUUUCAAAGCCCAGGUCAGCGAUGGCGGCUCGCUGGCCUCCUGGAACAGCAGUGCCGACUUCUGCAGCUGGAAAGGCGUGACAUGCAGCAGCCGGAGGCCCGCGCGGGUGGUGGAGCUGAGCUUGAAUGGCAGCGGCCUCGCAGGAGCACUCUCCCCGGCCCUUGGGAACCUCACGUUCCUGCGGAAGCUCGACCUGAGCUACAACUGGCUCCAUGGGGAGAUUCCUUCGAGCCUCGGUCGCCUACGCCGCCUGCAGAGGCUCGACUUGUAUGACAACUCCUUCUCUGGCACGUUGCCCAUGAAUCUGAGCUCCUGCAUCAGCAUGACCAAUAUGGGAUUGCACAACAACAAGCUUGGCGGACGCAUCCCAGCCGAGCUCGGUGAAAAGCUCACGUCCCUGGCAACACUCUGGCUGCGUAACAACAGCUUCACAGGGCCAAUCCCGGCAUCACUUGCUAAUCUCUCCUCUCUAGGAAACCUUGAUCUCUCCGCUAACCAGCUCGUGGGCUCAAUUCCACCAGCUGGUCUCGGCAGCAUCCGCAGCAUGUGGCUGUUCGAUGUCUCCAGCAACAAUCUCUCCGGUACGAUUCCACCUUCUCUCUACAACUGGUCAUCCUUGGAACUAUUUGGGGUACGUUUCAAUAUGCUGCACGGGCGCAUUCCGGGUGAUAUAGGCACCAAGUUCCCCAAAAUGAAAUUUCUUGGCUUUAAUGAGAAUCACUUCACGGGUACCAUCCCUUCCUCAAUAUCAAAUCUAUCUUAUCUAAUAAAUCUCCAACUGGGCAACAACAGAUUUAGUGGGUAUGUACCUGCCACUUUCGGGAGGCUGGGAGCUCUCCAAGCUCUGGACCUGGGCAACAACAAGCUUGAAGUGAAUGACAACAAGGGUUGGGAAUUUGUCACUUCUUUGGCAAACUGCAGCCAACUGCAGACCUUGGUACUUGGCGGCUACUCUUUUGGAGGACAGUUACCUGCUUCCAUUACAAACCUCUCAGCAACUCUCCAGCAAUUUACCAUAGCCGACAGUAGGGUCUCUGGGAGUAUUCCUAGAGACAUUGGCAAUUUGGUUGGUCGCAACAGGCUUCAGAUAACAAAUAAUUUCAUAUCCGGAGUGAUUCCAGAGAGCAUUGGGAAGCUACAUAACAUGAUCGAGCUAGGCCUGUACAGCAAUAGCUUAUCUGGCCUCAUACCGGCAUCGCUAGGAAACCUUUCACAGUUGACCAGGCUUUUAGCAUACUAUGGCAACCUGGAAGGGCCCAUUCCAGCAAGCCCGGGGGAGUUGAAAAACCUUUUUUUACUCGAUUUGUCCACAAACUAUAAACUUAACGGUUCAAUUCCCAGAGAGAUUUUGAAAUUGCCUAGACUUUCUUGGUACUUGGACUUGUCAUACAAUUCUCUUUCUGGACCCCUUACAGAUGAAGUUGGUAGUUUGGCAAAUCUUAACCAGCUGAUUCUAUCAGGAAAUCAGUUGUCUGGCAAGAUACCUGACAGCAUUCAGAAAUGUGUAGUGUUGGAAUGGUUAUUAUUAGACAAUAAUUCAUUUGAGGGAAGCAUACCUCAAUCACUGAAGAAUAUAAAGGGGCUCAGCAAGCUUAACCUGACCAUGAAUAAGUUCUCUGGCGAGGUGCCAGAUGGAGGUGUUUUCAGAAACAUCAAUUAUACAGCAGUUGCUGGGAAUAUCAAUCUAUGUGGUGGUACACCUAAACUUCACUUGGCUCCAUGCUCCACAAGCUCCUUGAGCAAGAAUAAGAGAAAGAUGCCAAAGUCUCUUGUAGUUCCUCUAGCAACAACUGGAGUAAUCUUGUUGUCACUUUCAAUUAUUCUUCUUGUUUGGAUACUUCGCAAGAAGCUCAAACAAAGCAAGAAAACAAUAGUGCAAGAUUCAAUCCCUGAGCACCAUUACGAGAGAAUCCCAUAUCAAGUAUUAUUGACAGGAACUAACGGAUUUUCAGAUGACAACUUGCUCGGGAGAGGAAGUUAUGGUGCAGUUUUCAAGUGCAUUUUGGCCAACGAGGAAAGAACCUUGGCUGUCAAGGUGUUUAACCUUGGUCAAUCCAGAUAUUCCAAGAGUUUUGAGGCUGAAUGUGAGGCCAUGAGGAGGAUACGACACCGUUGUCUCAUAAAGAUCAUUACUUCUUGUUCGAGCGUCAACCACCAAGGUAAAGAGUUCAAGGCACUGGUUUUUGAAUUCAUGCCCAAUGGCAAUUUGGAUGGUUGGCUUCACCCAAAACCUCAAGAGCCAAGUGCAAACAACACGCUCAGCCUUGUCCAGAGGCUUGAGAUUGCUGUUAAUAUUGUGGACGCAGUAGAAUAUCUCCACAACUACUGUCAACCAUUGGUAAUCCAUUGUGAUCUUAAGCCAAGCAACAUUCUUCUUUCUGACGACAUGAGCGCCCGAGUUGGAGACUUUGGCAUAUCAAAGAUCAUCCAAGAAAAUACAUGUGAGGGGAUGCACAACUCAUACGGCUCAACUGGACUUAGAGGUUCCAUAGGCUAUGUUGCUCCAGAGUAUGGAGAAGGCUCUGCGGCCUCACCUCCUGGUGAUAUUUACAGUCUUGGCAUAUUGUUGCUUGAGAUGUUUACCGGAAGGAGCCCAACAGACGACACAUUCAGAGAUUCAUUAGGUCUGCACAAAUUUGCCGAGGAUGCUCUUCCAGAUAGAACCUUGGAGAUAGCUGACCCCACAAUCUGGCUGCACGAAGAACCACAUGACAAUAUUACUAGUAGUAUCCAGGAGUGCUUAGUUUCUGUCUUCAGGCUUGGAAUAUCCUGUUCAAAGAAACAGCCUCGAGACCGAACAUUGACAAGAGAUGUAGCGGCAGAGAUGCAUGCAAUCAGAGAUGCGUACAUCACAUCUUUUGGCUAGUUUAUAGGGGAACACGGAGCAGAAAGAGCAGCCUUGAUUCAAGCCAUU